AUGAGUUCAAAUUCAACUCUCACUCCUAAAGGCAUUAGGUUUGCCAUAGAUCGGGGUGGCACUUUUACCGACGUGUGGGCGGCGGUUGAAGGCCAGCCUGACAUAGUCCUUAAGCUUCUAUCUGUCGAUCCUGAGAACUACGCAGAUGCACCCUCAGAAGGAAUCCGACGAGUGCUGGAGCAAGUGACCGGAACCACGAUCCCUCGAUCCUCACGACUGCCAAAAGGGCACAUCGAAUCCAUCCGGAUGGGCACUACUGUUGCCACAAAUGCUCUCCUCGAGCGGAAGGGAACUAGGCACGCUCUCGUCGUCACCCAGGGUUUCCGUGACCUUCUCGACAUUGGCCACCAGUCCCGCCCAAAGUUAUUCGCUCUCGAUCAUAGAAAGCCAGACACACUAUAUGAGGAGGUUGUUGAAAUUUCCGAGAGAAUCACGGUUGAAGAUUUUGAGGACCGACCCGAGGAGCUCGUCCUGCCCACCAAAGGUAUCCCUGGGACGUUGGUGGAGGGCUCAACGGGAGACAUCUUGCGCAUCAUCAAGCCUCUCGACGUCGCGGAGGUAAAAACAAAGCUGCUUGCUAUUCGAGAGAAAGGGAUCGACGCCCUUGCCAUUUGCUUCGCCCACUCCUAUCUCUACCCCCAGCACGAAGAGGCCGUGGCCAAGAUUGCCAUGGAGCUCGGCUUCACUCAUAUUUCUGCCUCCUCGAGCGUGGGCGCGAAGAUGAUUAAGAUGAUCUCGCGAGGUAGCUCCGCUUCGGCGGACGCAUAUCUCACCCCGGAGAUCCAACGCUAUGUUCAGACCUUUGCCAAGGGCUUUGAGUGCGGCAACUUGGAUGGUGUGAGGUGUGAAUUCAUGCAGAGUGACGGCGGCCUGGUCAACUAUAAGUAUUUCAGCGGUCUCAAGGCCAUUUUGAGUGGACCUGCAGGCGGUGUUGUGGGUUACGCUCGUACCUCAUACGACGGAAAGACGCCGGUUGUCGGAUUCGACAUGGGUGGAACUUCAACUGACGUGUCUCGAUACGGCGGGUCAUUUAAGCAUGUUUUUGAAACAACCACGGCUGGCGUCGCGAUCCAAAGCCCCCAGUUGGACAUCAAUACUGUGGCAGCCGGGGGUGGGAGCAUCUUGUAUUGGGAGAAUGGCCUCUUCAGAGUUGGACCCGAGAGCGCUGGGGCACAUCCAGGCCCAGCUUCCUAUCGUAAGGGUGGUCCUCUGACGGUGACGGAUGCCAAUCUUAUGCUUGGCCGAUUACUUCCCCAGUACUUCCCCUCCAUCUUUGGUCCGAACGAGGAUCAGCCUUUGGACGAUGAAAUUGUUCGCCAAAAGUUCUCUGAACUGGCGGACACAAUAAACCGAGAGACUGGCCGUUCCAUGACCCCUAUGGAAGUAGCAAAUGGCUUCAUAGACGUGGCCAAUGAAGCGAUGGGGCGACCUAUCCGUGCAAUCACAGAAGCAAGAGGGCACGACACCUCAGCUCACAACUUGGGUGUCUUCGGAGGAGCUGGUGGACAGCAUGCCUGCGAUCUAGCCAAGAAGUUAGACAUUAAGCGGGUCAUUAUUCACAAGUUCUCGAGCAUCCUCUCAGCAUACGGUAUGGCUCUUGCUGAAGUUUCGCAAGAGUUACAAGAGCCAAGCAGCGAGACCCUUUCCGCCGAAUCUAUGCCAAAGAUCCAACAGAGAAUCCAAUGUCUCAAGAGCGAGGCAAAGGCCAAACUCCUUGCCCAGGGAAUCGACGAGGAAGCCAUUCGAUACGAUGUGUAUCUGCAUCUGAGAUAUGAGGGGACAGAGACUCAACUCAUGAUCCAUGAGCCGGAGGAUGGCCAUUUUAGGUCCGCCUUCGAAAAAGAACAUUUAAGGGAGCUGGCGUUUUUGUUUCCAGACUCUAAGAAAGUUCUUGUCGAUGACAUCAGGGUCUGCGGCGUUGGAGCAAGCGAACACGUCAGUCAAGACAAUGAUCGCCUUCGUAAGGAGCUGGAAGAGACUUCAUUUGUUCCCAUCGAAGCACAAAAUGCGGCUCACAAGGCCAAAGUGUACUUUAGCCCGGUUGGAUACCAGAUGGCACCGGUGUUCCUACUGGAGCAACUGAAGAGAGGAGACGUAGUCGAUGGACCAGCCCUGAUUAUCGACAAGACUCAAACGAUUGUUGUCGCCCCUAGUUCGAAAGCCUUUAUCCUGACUUCUCAUGUAAUCAUUGAUCGAUCAGACGAAAGUACGGUUCCUGUCGUGGACGCGACGGAAGAUGUGGCCGACCCCAUUCAGUUGUCCGUCUACAGCCACCGUUUCAUGGGUAUCGCGGAACAAAUGGGGAGGACACUCCAACGGACCAGUCUGUCCCUCAACAUAAAAGAGAGGCUAGAUUUCUCCUGCGCAAUAUUCGGGCCAGAUGCCGAACUUGUCGCCAACGUACCGCAUGUCCCGGUGCACCUGGGCAGCAUGAGUUACGCCGUGAAAUACCAGUCGGAGUUUCAUAAGGGUGAUCUGAAGCCUGGAGAUGUCCUCGUUUCGAACCACCCGGAGGCUGGUGGCACGCAUUUGCCAGAUAUUACCGUCAUUACUCCAGUGUUUGAACCAGAUGGAAAGACGAUCUGCUUCUAUACCGCUUCUAGAGGUCACCAUAUGGAUAUUGGUGGACUGAAAGGAACCUCGAUGCCGCCGGACUCGACUUCAUUAUACCACGAGGGUGCAUCUAUCAAGUCUUUCUUCUUAGUGAGAGAUGGGAAGUUCGACGAGAAGGGUAUUUGCGAUAUCCUACUCGAGCCUGGUACCCAUGAGGGCUGCACCGGCUCCCGAAGACUAGGAGAUAACAUCUCGGACUUGAAAGCGCAGAUUGCUGCAAACAACAAGGGUGCGGCAUUGAUACAAGCACUGAUAGCUGAGAAUGGGAAAAACAAGGUUCAUUUCUACAUGAAAAAGAUCCAGGAGAAUGCCGAAAUCGCGGUCAGAAACUAUCUCAAGGGAGUAAGACAAAAGAACGGAGUUGCUCCUCUGACUGCUGAAGACUCGAUGGACAACGGAUCGACCAUGAAGGUUUCGAUCACAAUUGAUGAGGAAGGAACUGGAAUCUUUGACUUUGAAGGCACAUCUUCCGAAAUGCUCUCGAAUAUGAAUGCCCCUCCGGCCAUCACUUACUCGGCGCUCAUCUACACCAUGCGGGUUCUGAUCAAUAGCGAUGUUCCACUUAACCAAGGAUGUCUUACACCAACAAAGGUUCUUAUCCCAAAGAAUACCUUCUUGAAUCCCUCUGCUGGCCGAGCUGUCUGCUGUGGCAAUACACUCACCUCCCAACGGGUCACUGACCUCCUGCUGAAGGCUUUCCGCGCGGCUGCCGCCUCACAAGGAUGUAUGAAUUGCAUGGGCUUCUUCGGCCGCGGCGGGCUUGGUUCAGACGGGAAACCACUGCCGGGAUUUGCAUACAACUAUGGAGAGACGAUUGCUGGGGGCGCUGGGGCUGGGCCGACAUGGCACGGCGCAAGUGGCUUGCACACGCACAUGACCAACACGAGGACCACGGAUGCUGAAGUAUUGGAGAGGCGGUACCCUAUCCUGGUGCGUGAGUUCUCGAUCCGCAAAGGAAGUGGCGGAAAGGGCAAGCUUAAUGGUGGUUGUGGCGUGGUGAGAGACUUUGAGUGCCGUGCUCCUCUAACCUUCAGCAUGAUCUCGGAGCGCCGCGUGAAUCAGCCCUACGGGAUGGAGGGUGGUGAACCUGGUCAACGCGGGACAAACUACUGGGCUCAGUGGAAUGAAGAUGGGUCGUAUACAUGGCUCAACAUAGGGCCGAGGGGUCAAAUUGACAUGGACCUGGGUGAUCGAUUCGUGGUUCACACUCCAGGGGGUGGUGCUUGGGGCAAGGCAGGGGAUGGCGAUUCGAUCACCACUGAGCAAAAGAGUGUCGAUUUCCAGCCACGGGCUAAUGGAAGCCUGAAUGCUUUCCUUGCGGCUCAGUUAGAAGCCUAG